AUGUCGAGCGUGAACAACGGCACGACGUCACCAACUGCGGUGAAAGUCUCUUCGAAGACUAGCCUCAGCGCUGCAGCUGCAAAGGAUCCGUCUCGCCCGCGACGGAAAAAGGCCAGAAGAGCCUGUCAUGCUUGCCAGAGGGCGCAUCUGACGUGUGGUGACGAACGACCGUGUCAGCGUUGUAUCAAAAGAGGCCUGCAAGACCUUUGUGCUGACGGGGUGCGCAAAAAGGCAAAGUAUCUUCACGAUGCACCUAUCGACGCUCCUCCAAAGGAUCAUCUUCGUACUACCCAAGUGCAGAAGCAGGCCUCGUCGAAUCCCGGUAUUUAUACGGGAGAUGGCACCAUCAAUCCGCUCUCGAUGGAUCAAACCCCAGAUCUCCUUACGCCACAGAUCGGUACUACUACUGAAGCUAAUUUGGGACUGGGAACGAUGCCUCAAUCAUCUCAAAAUCCUCAGCAACAACCGCAGUUUGGCAAUCCUCCCUUUUUCGACCCUGCAGAUCCCUCAAUCUAUAAUUUUGACAUCGCUUCUCUAAAUUUCGGUUCUCAUUACGGUGCUUUGGAGUUCGGCAUGCUGGGUCAUAUGACUGGCGGCGGAGCAAACGCAACGACCCCCGAAUCUAACGGAUCUGGCACCGGUUAUCAGCAACAGGCGCCGUUCUCACCCUCUGGUGGGCCGGCCUAUCUUGCUCUUGGUGACACAGGCUUCAUGAACGACUGGAGUAAUUCCCGUCAGAAUAGUACAGGAAAUAUCCUUUCCAGUUCGACAUCUGCCCAUCCUAACCAUGCUUUCACUGUCACGAAUGGUCCGGGUAGUGGUUUGACGUCUCCUUCUCCGCCACUUCCAUCCCCCAAACAUCCUUCGACUUUGUAUGAUAUCAACGUUCCACCAGCGACCGCUUCGCCGCCAAUGUCGGUCGCCAAUUUCUAUAGCCCUGCCACAGCCAGACCUCUCAAUUAUGAAAAUAUUUUCAAUCACGGCCAUCAGACUGCUAUGUCUGCGCCGUUGGCGAAGCCAGUUCAUCCUCCCCCAACCGCUCGGAGACCAAAAGACCCUUCUACCCUGUAUAACACAGUUACCAAGCCAUACUCGUACACUGCAGGGUUCCACCGUCUCCUAGUCGUUUUAAGAAACCGUUUUCCACCACCUCUACUGAACAGAAUUGCUAGAUCGAUGGCAUCGUACCGUCCAUCCUUCAUUGCAUGCACUAAAACUCUAAAAGAAGAGGAUCUCCUCUUUAUGGAGAAGUGUUUCCAACGGACUCUUUGGGAGUACGAGAAGUUCAUCGGACAAUGUGGCACUCCGACUAUUGUCUGCCGCAGGACUGGUGAAAUUGCUGCGGUAGGCAAAGAGUUUUGUCACCUAACAUCUUGGCCGAAAGACGUCCUGUUGGGUAAAACACAAAACUUGAAUACCAAUUUUGGUAACAGCAAUCUUGGUGAACGGGAGCAGCAGAUCAUCUUUGGGCAGCAGACCCAUAAUGCUGGAACGGAGCAGAAUCCAAAACCGGUGUUCCUAGCUGAGCUACUGGAUCAGGAAUCUGUGGUGGAAUUUUAUGAGCAGUUUGCUAAACUGGCGUUUGGUGAUGCUAGGGGAUCUGUUAUGACUAAAUGCAAGCUGUUGAAGUACCUUCCUGCGGAUGUUUCAACUACGGAUGAUGUCGGCAAGAGAAGGAAAACAGGGACUUCCACUCCUGUUAGGGGCCCUACAGCGCAAAUGUCAAGAAAUGGGGUCGUUGGGGAGAGCGGGCUUGACAGCUUGGCAAAAGAUGGCAAGGUUGAUUGUACCUUUUGUUGGACUGUCAAAAGAGAUAUGUUUGAUAUCCCGAUGUUAAUUAUUGGAAAUUUUUUGCCAAUUCUCCAAGGCCACCUCUCUUGA